UGAAUAUUUAUGAAGUCGCGAAUUGGCUCUGAUCCGCGUCAAUCCCGUUUCGCGACUUCUGUAGGCUGGCAGACUUCCUUCAAUAUUAUUACCGAGGAGCAGGGUAAAAGUAGCAAAAAUGUUGCCGAUACACAACAGCGGGACGGACUGAAUGGAGCCAGCGUUGUCAGCGGAGAUAAUGCAUCUGUCUAUAGUCAACCGCGACACUUACCGCUGAGAAGAAAUACAAGAUCAGCUUGUUGAGUUCUCCGUAAACGUCCAGCCCUCGGCCUCCCCAUGCCUCCAUCUCCUCUUGACGACAGAAUUGUGGUGGCGCUGCCAAGGCCAAUCCGACCUCAGGAACUCCAACUGCGCCUAGACACUAGCUACCUGGACUCCAUUGCUACCAGCAGCAGCAGCAAGACAGUUAUCAGCACCACCGUGGUGAAGAUUCGGGCAACGGCCAAUCUUGUAACGUAUAUGCCCUCAUCCAAGGGCUCCACGCGCUCUUUGUCGUGUGGAUGCAGCAGUGCCAGCUGCUGCUCUGUGACUACCUAUGAGAAGGACAGCCCGAGCCUCAGCCACAGCCAGGUGAGUGCCAGCAGCCCCAACCUCAGCUAUGCUGGGCCCCCCACCUCUAUAGUCAGCAAUCAUGAAGCAGUAAGUGCCCCCACUCCCACCCCGGGCACGCCAAAGGCCCUGUCCACCGUGAGGCUCAUCCACCCCAAUGAGCUGGCCAAACGGAUGACCUGCUGCUCCAUGGGUCACCCUGUAGGGCCUAUGCCAAUCAUUAUUGACUGCCGGCCCUUCAUGGAGUACAACAAGAGCCACAUCCGGGGGGCUGUGCAUAUCAAUUGCUCUGACAAGAUCAGCCGGCGGCGGCUGCAGCAGGGCAAGAUCACUGUGCUGGACCUCAUCUCCUGCCGGGAGGCCCAGGAUUCUCUUAAGGGCAUCUUCUCCAAAGAGAUUGUGGUUUACGAUGAGAGCACCACAGACGCCAACCGGUUGACUUCCUCCCAGCCUCUGCAUGUGGUUCUGGGUUCACUGAGGAGGGAGGGCAAGGACCCCAUCAUCCUCAAAGGAGGCCUUAGCUGCUUUAGGCAGAGCCACGAAAACCUGUGUGAGCACUCACUGCACCUUCAUGAGGGCUUGGACACAGGUGCAGCUGCUGGCAUGACAGGGGUUCUACCUCAUUCCCUGCCCACCACCCCAGAUAUAGAGAAUGCCGAGCUGACACCAAUCCUGCCUUUUCUCUAUCUGGGGAAUGAGCAAGAUGCUCAUGACAUUAACCUGCUGCAGCGCUUGAACAUCGGCUACAUCCUCAAUGUGACCACCCACCUGCCACUGUAUCACUAUGAAACGGGGCUCUUCAUCUACAAGCGUCUGCCUGCCACUGACAGCAACAAGCAGAACCUGCGGCAGUAUUUUGAGGAGGCUUUUGAAUUUAUUGAGGAAGCACACCAAGCAGGUAUGGGCCUUCUGAUCCACUGCCAGGCAGGCGUAUCUCGUUCAGCCACCAUUGUGAUUGCCUACCUGAUGAAGCACACCUGGAUGACCAUGACAGAUGCUUACAAAUUUGUCAAAACCAGGAGGCCCAUCAUCUCCCCAAACCUCAACUUCAUGGGCCAGCUGUUGGAAUUUGAGGAGGAUCUUAACAAUGGAAUAACGCCACGAAUUCUCACGCCAAAGCUGAUCGGUGUAGAAACCAUUGUCUAAAUGAAGCCCUUGUUGCGGUGCGCACACUUGUACUCACUGUCACAGGAACUGGCUGCUUUUUGAGCCAGUAUGGAGUACUUGAGAGAGGCACUGUAUUCUUCUGAAAUCUUCUCAUGCUCAUCUUGGACUCUAUAGAGUGCCAAAGCUUUGGGUGAGUGGUGAGGAGAAAUGCCAAAAAAUCCCUACUGUUUAAACCUUGCUGAAGUCCUGGAAGAGAAGACAAGUUUAACAGAUAUAUGGAGAGGAAGUGGUCAGUGGGAAGAUUUCCAUUUGUGAUCGCAAAGGAGCACAUACAAGCAAGAAGAAAAUCUGGAAAACAUUAUUCUUUGUGCUUAGGGGCAGUUACUGUCAUGAGCCACUUCUACAGCUCACACUGUGGCCCAAAGUUUCUGUCUGCAGACUCAGGCGGGAUUGGCAACAGUAGUGCCUGUCAAAUUAUUUGAAAAAUGAAGACUUUUUUGGUGUGUUACUGUUCUAUUUUUAUACGAGACUGUGUGGAGAUGACCAUAAUGAGCCAACAGCGGCUUACUGUGCAAUAAUUUCAGAUUGGAAUGCAACUGAGACCUUAAUCUUAUGUGUAUAUAUUGAAGAUGAUUAUAAAACAGUUCCAGCUCUUUGCUGAAGUACCCUUUUGAUGUUCAUGUAA